AUGGAGAUUUGGAAAGACACAAAGCGCGCAUCGUUGUCUGCGGUAAUAACAAGUCUUGGCGUGGACUACGCGCUAACUUUCGCUGCCUUCAUGGACAUGACGACAGUGAAAGUAUUCUUGGCGUUAGCUGCUACAUGGGACAUCCCGGCUAAGCACGGAGACGUCCCUAAUGCUUACGUAAAAGCAGAGAAGGAACAGCAUCUCGAAAUUUUGAUGCAUGUUCCCAAGGACAUGACGAUUGAUACAAGAGAGUUAAAAGAACUGGGGGCAACGAAGAUUGAAGAUGUCGUGCUUGAACUGAAGAAAAGUCUUUAUGGCUUAAAGCAAGCAGGGCGAUUGUGGAGCCAAUUGCUUAACAAUCGCUUAUUGGAAGCCGGAUUUACUCGCUGCAUCAGCGACCUCUGCUUGUAUUACAAGCGCGACAUCGAUGGAGUCGUCAUCGUCGGAGUCUACGUAGACGAUUUGCUAGUGACUGGAACAUCCGCUGUUGCAGUUGACGGUUUUUUCGCGAGCCUCGAAAGUCUUUCGAUUAAAGAUCUUGGACCAGUGUCGAAGUUUUUGGGGAUGCGCGUGACGCGCAACGAAGAUCGUGGAUAUUUUCUUGACCAGGAGGAGGCGAUUGUCGACUUGCUGCGUGACCACGGCAUGACCAAUGCCAACUCAAGUCGUGCGCCUAUCGGGACAAAUGUUUAUGAAGUUCAAUGUGCAGACAGCGGACUACUUGCAGACACGGGUGCUCCAGGUCAACCUAGCGUUCGUGCUUUUCAGUCUAUUGUCGGAUCGUUGCUCUGGGUAGCGAGGUGCACAAGACCCGACAUCGCAUUUGCGGUGCACAAGGCAACCAGACAAACACACGAGCCACGGAUUCAUGACUGGAAAUUGGCUAAGCGCAUCGUGCGCUAUCUGAGUGGCACGCGUGGAUUGAAGAUCAGCAUGAAGCCAGCAGUCGAAGAAACUGCACAACCUGUUUUAAUGAGCUACAGUGACUCAGACUACGCAGCCGACAAGGCAGACAGAAAGUCUUUGACCGGUAGCGUUAUCAUGCUGAAUGGAAUGAUAAUCAGCUGGUGCUCGAAAAAGCAAGGAGGUGUGGCGCUCUCGACAAUGGAGUCGGAAUUUGUGGCAGCGUCUGAAGCUGGACGAGAGCUACUUGGAGUGAGAGAGACGCUGAGUGAAAUUGGUGAGUCGCCUGCACUACCGAUGAAAAUGCUCAUUGACAACCAGGCAGCGAUACGGCAGAUUGAAGGAGAAGCGUCGUCUACUAAAGCCAAGCACAUUGAUGUGAGAGUCAAGUACUUGUGCGACUACGCUCGUCGAGGCAUUGUGGUGCCACAAUAUGUGCCGAGCGACCUGAUGCUUGCGGACGUACUCACCAAAGCACUCGAUGCAGUCAAGACGGUCAAGUUGCGUUCACUGCUACACAUCGUGUAA